UGAUUUUCAAGAAAACCACCUACUUUCACGUAAUAAUGCUUUAAAUACCGUAGAUACAGUGCUAGGAAUCAGUCAACUACUCGGUUCUACAUCAACCAACACCUUCAUUAAUUAGGAUAUCCACUAUGAAUUGUUUGAUAGUCCUAGCUUUUCUAGUCGCUUGUACACUAUGUGUACAUGGACAAUUUGAAGAUGGAGGACAUCAUCAUGAUCACCAUUUAGAGGAGUACAUAGAUUAUAAGGCUCCCCCUCACUACCACUAUGAUUAUGCAGUACACGACUUGAAACACCAUGACAUUAAGAGCCAGUGGGAAACGAGGGAUCAUGACGAAACCAAGGGGGUAUACACCAUUUUGCAACCUGACGGCAGGAAGCGUAUUGUCGAAUACGUAGCAGGAAAACACGGAGUUGACUACAAAGUGAAAUAUGAAGGUCACAGUGAACAUGGAGGAAUUGGUGCCCUCAGUGGAUAGACAGAAGUUGAUUUCGAUUUCCCGAAUUUUAUUUUUUUCACCUUGUUAUGAACCUAUGUUGACUGUUGGGUUUUAUGUUGACUUAUUUUUAUUUAGUGCAAUAAAACAUGUUUUUAAUUU